UCAAACAUGGUCUUUGUCAAUGAACUUUGCAAGCUCCUCCCUAACGAACAGCGGAACUGUGCCAAUUCACUUCGCCAGUAUUGGACCCGGCCCGUGUGUAGAAUUAAAACGGAGACGACAGAGGAUAGUAACCCCUCAUGACGUGGCUUAUUUUGCUACAUUUUUGCUACUAAUCUAUUUCUACUAUUUAUACAUGAAGUGUCUAUCGUAGUUUUUAACUGACCGUCUAUGUUGGAGGACAAAGUAACAAUAAAACAAAAACUACGAAGCCGCAUGUUAUUUUACUGACGAAUUUCUAUAGUAUGUGAUCGUGCAAAAAUAUCUUCCUUAUGAUAUAUAACCUGCAUGAAUGAAAAACGUAAUUUUUACAUUUUGCUUCGUGAGCCGGAAAUCCAUUUUCGUCUGUGCGUGGAAGUUAUAAAAGUUCGACGCAACGUUAUAAAACCAAUGAAUUGCUUUUGUGAAAAUUAACGAACGUUAAAGUGACUCGUGAAGUUUGCGGAGAACUGGACGAGAUCAGCAUAUCAUUCAAUUCCUCGUUUGGCUGUCCGAAUCAAAGAGGCCAAAACAAGACGUCAAGCCAAGUGAGAUAGGUAAACAUCGUCGGCGCAAGUGGCGCGUGUUUCAAACACCGAAAGAGCAAUGUCAGCGCAACAGUCGCCUGUUUACAACCGGCUGAAGAUGGCUGCUGUGGAUUCAGCUUUUUUCCUCAUUCAGGAAAUGGGAAUCACAUUCUCGCGUUAUCGUAAUUACUUGGCUUUGAUUGGCCUAAUCUACUGUAGCAAACUUGGAUGCGCAGUCACUUCUCGUUUGUAUGAGGCUCUUAAGGUUCACGUAGUAGCGCGGCUAUGGAAAGCCGAUCUGAAGAAAUACGGCCAGUGGGCACUGGUGACGGGAUGCACCGAUGGCAUAGGUCGCGAAUACGCUCGCCAACUCGCCUCUCGGGGCCUGAAUAUUAUUCUGCUUAGCAGAAACCAGGCCAAGCUUCAGGCCACGGCCAGUGAACUCGAACGUGACUAUCAAGUACAAACCCACAUUAUCGUCGUGGACCUGUCCCAAGGUCGAGAGGUCUACGCCUCGAUUGCAGAACAGCUCGGUAACAAGGAGAUCGGUAUCCUAGUGAACAACGCCGGCGUCAUGUACGAUCAGCCGUCGCGAUUCUGUAACGUGCCGGAGAAGAAACUCAUCGAAUCGGUGAAUAUCAACAUGAUGGCUGUUGUGAUGUUAACCUAUAUCGUCUUACCUCAGAUGCUCCAGAGAAAACGCGGCAUCGUUAUUAAUCUCUCAUCAAUUUCGGGCUUCUACCCACUGCCAUUGAUGGCUGUGUACUCUGCAUCAAAAGUGUUCGUGGAUUGGUUCUCGAUGGCGCUCGACGUUGAAUACCGCUCGCAAGGUAUCAUUGUCCAAUCCCUUAUUCCGUCCUAUGUCUCGACGAACCUUGUACGUUUCUCGAACUUCCUAUCAAAGCCCUCGUUUAUUGUGCCUGAUGCAAAACGUUUCGUGAGUUCGGCGCUUGACACGAUCACCUAUUCGAAGAGAACGACCGGCUUCUGGUCUCAUGGAUUGCAGUAUUGGGCUAUGGAACACACUCCGCAGUGGGUAUGGAAUAUAAAUUCAAACCUGAUGUUUCGCGCCAUCGACUCUUCAAAGGAGAAAAAGUUUUAACUUACUUCCACAAAAAAUCUUAUUAUUCAUUUGUUAUGAUGUCCAUAAUUGCCAGUCUUAGAAAGAUUCCCAUUUACUCUAUGCAUCUAAAAUGGCCCAACAAACGGCAAGAUGUAGUUCUACAACAUCAAUAAAGACGACAUCUUGGGCGUCAGCUCAAUAUACUAUACGAAAACAUCGCUUUAUAUCGACGAAUGUGGUGAUUGUCACUUUUCAUGAUCUAGGAGCGAUCUUUUAUAGAUGACAUUGGAUUGUCAUUAUAUUUCCAUAUACUCCAUUUUAUUUUGUGAUAGAUGCGGAAAUCACUUUCAUUCCAAUUUAACGCGUUGCAAACACAAUCAGCACGCCAAAAAUUCAUGAGCGACAUAUGAAGCAAAGAGUGGUGAUAUACUGAAAAGAUGUUUGUUUUCGGAAUAAACGGUGUCGUAUUUAAAACCAUGUAAAAUAUUGUGUCCUUCAGUCAAUUAAACGAACGCAAUAUUGCAAGCAAGAGAAAACACGCUUAGCACAUAUUCAUUGUUAAGAUUAUCUGGGGUGCUGUAAAAGUGACUUAAGUCCCAACAAUGAAUGCUAUUAAAAUUUUAGCAUUUGUAAAAAGCGCGUGAGUCAAAGGCUUGGUGUUAUUGAAGUUAGCUAGUUAGUGAAUUUUAUUUGACCAAAUUUUAAACUCGCUUUAACAGACUCAUUCACUAGCAAAAUGUUGAAUGCUACAAGAUAGGCCUUCAUUUAAGCAAACGCUGGAAUCGUUUUAAGUUAGAGCGACGGGCAAAAUUAUAGGAUGAGGUAAUAGAUCUCAAUAAAUUCAAGUAAUCGGUGAGCCUUUGUUUGAAAAACACAAGAAGGACAAACUCCACACACUAAAUCACCUACUGUUUUGAGUAAAACAAAUUGCUGGAGAAAGUACA